AUGCGUGGACGUACAGUACGUAACCCUCAAAAGCGUCGAUGCCAAUCCCCACUCAAGGGUCAGAAGCCAGGAAUAUCAAAGCGUGCAAAUAUAGAGACUCAAUUGACCCCUAUCCUCAAUAUCCGGCGCUUGGAAAUGAUGAAUGGCCCCCUUCUCAAGUGCGUUGAUGUUAACGAAGAAACCCCAGGGUGA